AUGGUUUGGCGUCAGUUGGAAGUCACCAAGGCACAUGUUGCUUACAGUUGCCUUGGUAUAUUCUCAUCUAUAUUCUCCCUGGUAUCAUUAUUCGUCAAGGAAAGAUUAUAUAUUGGUGAAUCUAUGGUUGCUAGUGUAUUUGGGUUGAUUGUUGGACCACAUUGUCUUAAUUGGUUUAAUCCAUUAUCGUGGGGAAACACAGAUUCUAUUACUUUAGAGAUUAGUCGGAUACUGCUCUGUUUGCAAGUAUUUGCAGUUUCCGUAGAGUUGCCACGCAAAUACAUGCAGAAGCAUUGGUUAUCUGUGACCAUGUUACUGGUCCCAGUGAUGACCUCUGGCUGGCUUGUGAUUGCGUUAUUCGUUUGGAUCUUGGUUCCUGGAUUAAACUUCCCGGCGAGUUUACUGAUGGGAGCAUGCAUAACUGCUACUGAUCCUGUAUUGGCACAGAGUGUUGUAUCUGGUACUUUUGCUCAGAAGGUUCCCGGUCAUUUGAGAAAUCUUUUAUCAUGCGAAUCUGGUUGUAAUGAUGGACUGGCAUUCCCCUUUGUGUUUCUUUCUAUAGACCUCUUACUUUAUCCAGGUCGAGGUGGAGAGAUUGUCAAGGAUUGGAUCUGUGUUACCAUCCUAUGGGAAUGUAUUUUUGGAUCUAUCUUAGGUUGCAUAAUUGGAUACUGCGGUAGAAAGGCAAUUCGAUUUGCAGAAGGUAAACGUAUUAUUGAUCGUGAAUCUUUUUUAGCAUUUUAUUUGAUUUUGGCGUUGACCUGUGCAGGAUUUGGGUCAAUGUUGGGAGUGGAUGAUUUGCUAGUUUCAUUCUUUGCAGGUACUGCAUUUGCGUGGGACGGAUGGUUCGCCACCAAGACUCACGAAAGUAAUGUAUCCAAUGUAAUCGAUGUUUUGUUGAACUAUGCAUACUUUGUCUACUUGGGAUCUAUUCUUCCCUGGAAAGAUUUCAACAAUGCAGAUAUUGGCCUUGAUGUUUGGAGAUUGAUCAUUUUGUCGCUAGUGGUCAUUUUUCUACGCAGAAUUCCUGCAGUUCUUUUAUUGAAGCCUUUGAUACCUGACAUUAAAUCUUGGCGUGAAGCUAUGUUUAUUGGUCAUUUUGGUCCCAUUGGUGUUGGUGCAGUAUAUGCCGCUAUUAUUUCAAAGAGCCAAUUGGAAUCUCACUUGACUGACGAAGAAACACCUUUGAAUUAUACACCUGGUAAAGGAUCAAAGCAUUGGCAGGCAAUGGCCUGUCUUUGGCCCAUCACUUGUUUUUCUAUCAUAACUUCAGUCAUCGUACAUGGCUCUUCGGUCGCCGUCAUAAUGCUAGGACGUUAUUUGAAUACAGUAACUUUGACGGCGGCUCCUACAAGUCGCACUGCAAGCACAUCUACAAAGAAUUCAUGGUUACAAAGUUUACCGCCCUUCGAUAAAUCUGGGCGUCCUUUCUCUUUGCAGCGUUUAGAUAAAGAAACAUCACCCACACCUGGGCAAAUAGAUGUAAGAACUAGUGGCAUGAUAGCUGCACCAGCACUGGGUAUGAGACAGCGUUGGAGACAAAAAUUGCAUGGGAAUAAAGAAACUGAAUCAGAUAUUGAAAUGAGCGAUUUGCAACGUCAAAGAGAAGAACACACAGGUACCAUUGACUUAAAUGAUACAACAACGGAAACUUUAGGAACCACCAAUGCUAGGACUCCAGGGUUAGCACAACGUAGUAAGGUGAAUAUAAUGAACAGAACAGAAACUGUCAAUACUAUUUAUGGAUUGGAUAAAUUAGCUGACGAUACAGAAAACCAUGACGUGUACCAUGUUGAAACUUCUAGAGUACAUGAUAUUGGUUCAUCGCACGACGACGUUUAUACGUAUGAAUUCGAUGCAGAUUCAAUUGACUCCUUAGAAAGAGAACGAAUCAAACUUCUGAGAGAGCAGGAGCAGCAAGCAUACAUUGCAUACACUGAAGAUAACCAGGUUAUAAUUGAAAAUAGACAAGGUGAAAUUUUAGAGUAUGCAAGAUCCCAUAAUGACGGGGUUAGGGACGCAGAAGCAGGAUCGCAUAAUCAAGGUAGGCAUAAGAGGGCAUCUUCUCCGCCAUUGGAAAGAUUACGUCAAAUUACCAAUGAAGCUUGCAAAACCAAAUACUACGCUUACAAAGUUGGCAACGAUCUCAUUGUUGAAGAUGAAAGUGGUGAAGAAUUCCGAAGAUACAGAAUUAGUCCUCAUGGUGGCAAGAGAAAAAUCAAAAAGAAGAACAUCAAUAAUCCGGUAUCUAGUGUUCUUUCAUCAAUGGGGAUUACAAAACCAAGGCGUGUACCUGAGAGGAAAAAUCACUCUCUUCUGCAUUCGGAAGAUGAGAUGGCCGACGAUGAAGCAGAAAGCGAAGAAGAGAACUACGGAGAUUCAGACGACUUAGCAUUGUUUGUUAAGGACCAUGCUGAUUAG